UUUUAAAAUUAUAACAAUCGUACCUGUAGUGAUGGUACUGUUUUAUUUACAAAUCGAUCGAGUACUAGCAAAAUUACCGAAAUGACUACUGAUCUGAGUGCUGAGGAUGUGAAAAAUAAGUUGUUUCACUCUCUAAAGACCCGCGGUGUUUUGGAUUCUCUUAAGUCUCAAUUAAGAAAACAACUAAUAGAAGAACUUCAAGAUACCACAGGGAUACCAGUGCUUCACCCUAAAAUAAAAACAUCACCUGAGGUGGAAAGUGGUGAAGCUCCAUUAUUUCAAAGAGCAGCUAAUAGCAUUGUUGCAGAAUACUUAAAGAAAUGUCAUUUUGAGUACACAUUGUCAACAUUUCUACCGGAAAGUGGAACAUCUGUGGAUAAGAUGUUUUCAAGCAAAGAAAUUUUGCAGCUGCUUAACAUUGAUCAUAAUUCAAAGCUACAUCAUGAUCUGGAACAAUCUCUUAGUUCAAGAGAGAAUUCAAAAGGAUUUUUAUGGCACUUCUUAGGGGAAAUAGCAGCUUCCCAAAAUAGACUAAAAUGCGAUGUUGAUAUUCAAACUGAAGACAUUUUAUCUACGCAAAUUUCAAGUUCCUUAGAAGAGAGGUUAAGCAGCGUUGAAAAGGAGUACUUCGAAAAGCAAAAGUUAGUUCAAUUAGAUAAAAACCAAGGAUUGGAGGAAAGAUUGCUGGCCAUGCAAAAGAAAUAUGAAGAGCAAAAAAAGAAUGAACUAGAGCAGGAGGUAAAGGCAUUUCGAGCCGGUGAGUUAUCCAGACUGAGAAUGGAGGAGAGACAAAAAUAUGAAGCGAAAAUUAGUGCAAUUCGCCUAGAGUAUGUUGAAGAAUUUAACGCAAAGAAUCAAGCUUUGAGAGCAUUAGAGAAAGAGAUGUUGGAGAGGAUAAGAAAACUACAAGAGGUCCAUCAAUCUGAAGCUUACGGGGAAAGACAAAAGUUCUUGGAUGAAAUACGAACUUUUAAAGAGCGUGAAGCUGAUUUAAAAAACAGAACUUUGAUGCAGGAAAGAUCGCAAAAGCUGGAAAAAGAGCGACUUAUCAAUGAAGCUGAAAAGAUAAAAGCAAGAGAGGACUCAUUGAAAGAGAAGGAAAAGCUACAGUCACAACGAUUUGACGCCGAAAUUGAAAGCUUCAAAAGUAACUAUGAAAAAAAUUAUUUGGCCAAGAGUCGGGAGUUUUUACGACAGGAAACUCGAUUGGAAGCGGAGAGAUCAAAGCUGGACGGAGAGAGAGAAGAACACUUGAAAUGCAAAGAUGAACUUUCCAUUUUUAAAGAAAAAUGUUUACAGCUACAGUCUACAGUUGAUGCAUCACAUUUGUUAUUGGAGGAUUUGAAACUACAAAAAGAGAAUUUGGAAAAAAAGCUUACCGAGAUGAAAGACUAUCAAACACUGAAGAAGAAAGAAAUUAUUUUGACGAAGGAUAUUGAGCACUUAACUCAACGUUUAACAGAAUCUAAUAUACACUGCAAAGAACAGGAGAAAAGGCACCAUAAAUUGGUUAAAGAUCUGACUGAAAAAACUGGUAGACCUUCCAAAGAAAUUAUGCUGUUACAGCAAGAGCUGGAAGAGGCUAAGAACAAAUUUCAUGAAAAAGAGAAAACUUCGUAUAAAGAACGAAAAUCUUUGGAAAUACAAUUGGAGUCUCAAAUCCAACGAGCAAAUCAUUUUCAAAAGACAUGCGAAGAACAAUUAAACACCCAGCGGUUUUUGGAAACGGAAAUAGAAAAUUUGAAAAUGAUGCAAGAACAAACAGAACGACUUCUGAAUAUGGAGUUGCGUCAUCAUGCUGCUAAUAAUUCAAAUAUGUCGUCGUCACGAAGAAACCAAAGCGGGCAGAAAGCGUCACGACGUAAAAUCUUACAUGAGCAGGAUGUUUCUUUGCCUCAGCGUCCAUUAUCCACAAGAAUACCCGAGAGGGGACAUGUGACAGAAGAAAGUUCGACCAUGGACGAAAGUAGCCUUGCCAGUCUUAUUGAAGAUAAAAAGAGUUUUGAAAAAUUUGAAAGAGAAGCUGCGGCUCUUGAUGCGUCUUACAGAGACUUUCAAAGCCGUAUGACUGUUCAUCCAAAAUACUCAGUGACAAGUAUCCCCAACUCUAUGACCUUUCGACGCCUAGCUAGCUAUCAUUCCCUUCAUUCACCACCACCAAUGGGCACAAAUUUUGGAUCUGAAGGUUUUAGUUUGGCUUCCCAAAGGAGUAAAGAUGAGUUUCGUCCACUGAAACAGGUUUAUGAUGAGAGCGAUGUCUCUGGUCUUGUCAGACAUCCCUCUUCUGCAGAAAUGGAAAAUAGCGAGAAAUCAACACGUGAGAAUAACAACUCGGAUAAUCAGCGUGCCAUUUCACACGAAAAAUCAUUUGAGCACUCCGAUUCAGAUGCAGAAUCAGGAGUGAUGAAUGAAGAUCAUAAUGAUCUAUUAUCAAUGAACGAUCUUAAUCCCGUUGAUCUACCCGCGGGUAGCUUCAAUUCCAAAGAAAGAAUUGAUGUCUCGAAGGAUAAGGGUGCCAUGGAAAACAUAAAAUUGAGAGGUAAAACCUCAUCAACCAGGUUAGACAAUGAAAGUGACGACCUUUUGAAGGCUCAGAGUAUUUCACAAGCGUCGUUUCAUAACAAUGAUGGGUUCUUGGAUCAGACGGAAGAUUGCAAGGCAGAAAAGGAAGUUAACCUUCUUAAUAUCAAUCAACUCAACAAAGGCUUAUCUCCAACAGAUAAAAAAAUUAACACAGCGGAAGGAUUUGAUGGUUGCAAUGUAAGACAGCAUUUUAAGGAGGGUAAACUAGAUAACGUGGGCGAAGGAAAGGAAAAACAUGUCACGGAUGAAGAUGUACGUUCUUGUGAGACAAGCCAAUCAUCAGAAAAAUCAUUAAGUCAUGGCCCCUUGCAUGUUGACCAACACACAUCUUCAUAUUCUGUGGAACGACACCAGGAUAGCUCAAGUACAACGAAAAAACAUAUGAAUACAGGAGUCAAGAUUUAUGACGAUAAACGUCCGAGCACUGAACUUGAUAUGGAAGAGAUAGAGGAGAGAAGGUUAAGAGAGACGGAGAAUCUUCGAGACGAGGGGCAAAAUGGCAAGAACGACACUAUCUCUAGAGAAUCAUCACCUAAUGUCGGUGGUAAAAGUGAGGACAUUUCUUCAAACGGUUACCGAAGCUCCCACGAAGCAUCAGUUGUUGAAGAGAACGUCGAAAAUAACGAAAACGAUCCACCUAUAGAUCCUGUUAUGUUACAAUAUAUGGAAAUGAUUAAACAGCAACGUGAAUCGGAGAAAAAGACGUCUGAAAAAAUAUCCGUCGAUGUUAGUGCAGACGAGUUGCAUGAUUUUAGUGAUAAAGGAAGUCAUGUUUCCAUUGGCAAGGAUGAAGAUUUGAGUAUAGGGAAAUUGUCUGACGAUGAUUUCAAUUGGUAGCGCGUCUUCAUUCAAGAAACAUUUUUGAAAUAUGUGUAAAUAUAUGUACAUUUUUUCAUCAAUAUCCGUAAUUAGUCAAUCUAUGUUCGUUGUUUUCGUCGCUUCGUUCGCCAAUAAUCUAUUCUUUUCGACUUAUAAUUUUGUAAUAGUUGUUAAAUCGUCACUAUCGAAGCAGUUGUUAUUCUCCCGACAAUGUAGAAAUAAAACUAGUUGACAACCA